AUGCCUAAAAAAUACUCUAAAUCAAUAAUGGACCAUUUACACGAGGCCAAUUGUAAGGACAUUCAACUUAACCAAUCCAGUGACAAAGAAGCAAUUGCUAAGAGAGGAUGCCAGACCAGUUAUAAGAAAGACAACAAGUUUGAGCAUUUUUCUAUUCAGAUUAUUUCAAUGGGCGUUCCAGUAAAACCAGCAAAGCUAGCUGAUGUUAACAAAUUGGUAACUAAACAUUUCGAAGAAGAAUGGCAAGAAGGAGAAGACUUAUCGUUUCUUGAAACACCACUCUUAUCAGACAUCAGUCAAGCAGGUGUUACUCAAGAUACCAUCGACGAGCUCGGGAAAGACUUUUGUGAAUCAAGAACGCCAGAAGAGGAUAUCGAUCUAAAAAUCUAA